AUGGCGACGGACGUGACAUUCGAUACUUCCAUGGGCUCUUUUACGGUCGAGCUCUACAACACUCAUGCCCCCAAGACUUGCAAAAAUUUUGCGACCCUUGCACAGCGAGGCUACUACAACAAUGUCAUCUUCCACCGCAUUAUCCCCAAUUUUAUGAUUCAGACCGGCGAUCCGACUGGCACUGGACGAGGAGGCAGCUCCAUCUACGGCGAGAAAUUCGAGGAUGAAAUUCGCGAUAAUCUGAAGCAUACUGGUGCCGGCAUUUUGAGCAUGGCAAACAGCGGACCGAAUACCAAUGGCAGUCAGUUUUUUAUUACCCUUGCGCCAACACCUUGGUUGGACGGAAAGCACACCAUCUUCGGCCGAGUCAAGAGUGGAAUGCGGGUAAUUCAGCGCAUGGGAUUGGUGAAGACGAAGACUGAAGACCGGCCAGUGGACGAGGUUAAGAUCAUUCGGGCUCGUGUGGUGGAAGAAGGGGCAGAGUGA